AUGCUUCCGCGGGACCAGGCUGGCUGCCGCGUGGAGGAUGCUGGGGACGCAAGCCGGGGGGUAGCCCUGGGCUGCUCCUGGAAUGCUCCAGCGGCCGCUGAGCCAGCCCGUUCUCCCAGCUCCUGUCUGUGCCGAAGUCUCGGAGGCUGUAGGCAGUCGGCAUCCUCAGUUAUGGCAAGACGCCGUCUCAUUCCUGAGGGCUGGGGGAAGCACGCACAGACACUCCUGGUCCAGGUCACGGUGGGAGCAGAGGUCAGGGAGGGCCCGAAGAGUGAAACUGGGCAGGGCCCCUGCCCCUGA